GGCAGUGGCGCUGGGAGUCUCGUGGACGCGUUGCCGUUACUCGCAGUCGGGCGGCGGCGCAGGCAGCGGCGGCGGUAACCGCGCACAGCGCACCCCGCGCCUUCGCAGCCACAGCAGCAGCCGCGGAGGCACCCCCGUCGUCCCAAGCCUGCGCUGGUGCAGCCUUCUUCGCUCCCUCUGCUCAUCCUCCCUCCGCUCGCACCAUGGCUGAUCAGCUGACCGAGGAGCAGAUUGCUGAAUUCAAGGAAGCUUUCUCCCUAUUCGAUAAAGAUGGUGAUGGCACCAUCACAACAAAGGAACUUGGGACUGUCAUGAGGUCACUGGGUCAAAACCCAACAGAAGCUGAAUUGCAGGAUAUGAUCAACGAAGUGGAUGCUGAUGGUAAUGGCACCAUUGACUUCCCAGAGUUUUUGACUAUGAUGGCUAGAAAAAUGAAAGACACAGAUAGCGAAGAAGAAAUCCGUGAGGCAUUCCGAGUCUUUGACAAGGAUGGGAAUGGUUACAUCAGCGCCGCAGAACUACGCCAUGUCAUGACAAACUUAGGAGAAAAACUAACAGAUGAAGAAGUAGAUGAGAUGAUCAGAGAAGCAGAUAUUGAUGGAGAUGGACAAGUGAACUAUGAAGAAUUCGUACAGAUGAUGACUGCAAAAUGAAGAACUUCUUUCAACUAUUCCCCCCCUAGAAGAAUCAAAUUGAAUCUUUUACUUACCUCUUGCAAAAAAAAAAAGAAAAAAAAGAAAAAGAAAAAGUUCAUUUAUUCAUUCUGUUUCUAUAUAGCAAAACUGAAUGUCAAAAGUACCUUCUGUCCACACACAAAAUCUGCAUGUAUUGGUUGGUGGUCCUGUCCCCUAAAGAUGAAGCUACACAUGAGUUUUACAAUAUAAUACUUGUUCUACCUUAAUGAUAAGGAAGCACUUAGUGGAUUCCUUGCAGUUCCAUUUGCUAAUGAUUAAUGCACUGUUUGGGCUGGCCAGUUUUUCAUGCAUGCAGCUUGACGAUUGAGCACAGUCAGGCAUUUGUAUUAAAGUUGAAAGAUGAAAAAAAAUUCAAAACUUACUCCAAUGGGUUCUAGUUCAAUUAGUUAGUAUCAGUUGUCCUAGCUGGUUUACUGAAAACAAGACACAUUUCAAAUUGGUUUACCUCAGGAUGAUGUGCAGAAAAUGGGUGAAGGGUGAGCCUGAGAUGCAGCCCCAGCCGUGGGAGAGUUCUCCUGUCCUCCCACGCGCUCCAGCCCACGGUGACAGUGACACCCUGGUGGCGUGCCUGCUCUGUUGGUUUUAGCGUUGUCUCCAUGGCACUAGAUGAAGUGGGUGUCCAGUGUCACCAAUCACACAUUUUUUAAAAAGGCAUCUACCAGGAGCAUCCUUGGACUCUGUUUUUAAAACUUUCGGAACCAUGACUUGGAGCCAGCAGAGUAGGCUGUGGCUGUGGACUUCAGCACAACCAUCAACAUUGCUGUUCGAGAAAUUUGACAAUUUACGUCCAUUCCAAGUUGUAAAUGCUAGUCUUUUUUUUUUUUUUCCAAUAAAAAGACCAUUAACUUAAAGUGGUGUUAAAUGCUUUGUAAAGCUGAGCUCUAAAGGGGGACAAGGCAGUUAAGAGUGGAGGCCCUCAGCCCAGGGGUUGGGUCUCCUUCCCUCCUGGGUUCUAGCACCAACCUCUGAGCCUAACACCUUGCCGAAAAACAGCAGAUUGCUGGUUGCUUUAUGACUGUAUAAGUCUAGUUGCAGUUGGGGGGGAGGGGCAGGCAAAUCAUGGUACCUUAAUCUAGUUAGGUGGCCAAGCUCUCAAGGAAAAAAACCCACUUUCUAAAGCAUGUUUUUAGGGAUUAUUUUCAAUUGUGCUGCUGAUUACCUGUUUUAUGUAACUACUGAGACCAUCUGUGCAAGAGACAUGAUUUAGUGUGUAAUUCAACCCUCACUCUGUGUGGUAGGAGCAGUAAUCCUUUCUCAAGCCAGUCUACAUGCCUAAAAGACACUAUCAGUCACCUUGAUGCAGUUUUUAAUUUGUAAGACUCUUCACCUUAGCCUGUAUUUGUUGAUGUUCUUUUUUUGUUUUUUAAAUUUGACUUGACUUUUUUUUUUUUUUUACCCCCAAGUAGCACUAAUGCUAAGCCUCUGGCUGGAAAGGAAAACCCUAGCCCAGAAUGAAUUUCAUGUCUAAUUAUAAACGUGUAACCAAAACUCAGACAUGCUGUACUGGUAUCGGCAGAGGCACCAGUCCAUUUUAAAAGCCCCUUUAGAAGCACACCGCAUUUAGCAUGGAGUUCUUUUUGAAAUGAAAGGCGGAUGUACAUUUUUCAGGGUGCUAAGUGGCUGUAUCUUAUUAGCAAAGAGCUUGGGCUGCUGAGUAUAGGUGGGUGGUUUGAAUUUGCUGGUUUGCGGGGAAACUGGCAGGUUGCUUGCCAGCCAGUGAGAAGCUCUUGGCAGCCAAAUGGUGUACAUUCAGGGCUGAUUAUUACAGAGACCCUCAGCUUCUCCCCCCUCUCCUACUCCCUGCCUUUCUGGCAUUUUGCAGCUUGUUUGGUUUUCUGCCAGAGGGGUGGGUCAGAGCGGUGGAGAGGGGACGUUGCCCGUGUGCUGCUACUAGUCCUUGGACAGGGUGUCUGCCGGGGGAGAGGUUGAUAUCAUGAGCUGUUGGCUUGUGUGAGUACCUGAAUCUGCCAGGAACUCUUAACAGUGAGAGGAAGCUGCUGCAGGCUCCUGGUUUGGAUGGUUCGUACAGGGGACAGGAGUGGGGGGGAGGACAUGUCAAAAAAUGGAGGUGUGGAACCAGCCUUAGGCUUGUGUUCAAGAUGGGAGGAGGUGAUACCUUAUUUUUAAAAAGCCUUCCUCCUAUCUUGCCCUCUUACUCGUCUUUCUAUCCGUGUUAGCAGGAUUCUUGUGUGGCCAGCAUCCUACAUGGGAACCAGUAAACCCUACCCCCCCACCUCCCCAGGGAGUACCGAGUUCCGGUGUGGAGCACAGGUGAGGCCGAGCCCUUCAGCCUGCCCUCCCCUUCCCCCGCUCCCACCCCAGCCCAGGGUGCAGCUCAGCACAGGGAAAGAGCUUGGGUGUCUUGGCAGUACCCUUGAAGUUGGGUAGCACCUUCUUGAAAACUCUUGCCCCUACUUCUAACUACUCUAUAAAUAUAUACAUAUAUUUAUAUAUAUAAAGUGACUAGUUUAACUUGUGUCCUGCUCUUAGCCUGAGACUUGCCAUAAGAAACUGCUGAGUCCUUGGCAAAUCCUCUCUUCAGUUUGGUUCUCCAUCAGUUCGGGGUAGGCGUAAAGCAAGGCAAAUGGACCUCCAUUCUGAUGGGCUUUCAAUGCACUGUUGCCAGAAAAGGCUUUUUCUGAAAAAAAAAAAAACAAAAAAAUUUUUUUUUUGACAAAACAAAUUUUUUGCGCACUUUAAUUGGUGUCUUUCGGCGACUUCAACACGUUGAAGAUGAGCUGUUGUACAUAUUUUUAUAUUCUCUUUAUAAAUGCAUGUCCGACUGAACUUGUAACAAUAUUGUAAGGAAUGGCUGUCCAUAGGCCUAGCACUGCUGUUACAUGAGAGGAAUUGCAUAUUAUUAGCCCCUAAGCAUCUUGGGAACUUCUUCCUGAACAAAGAAUGUCAAUUUGGUCAAGUCUACUCUUAAGUUUAUUCAAUUCUUUGAACUAUUUCAAUUAUUUAUUGUAUAUCCUGAAUAUAUUUCCCCUUUGGGCAGUGACUAGAUUUCCACUAAUGUGUCUUAAUCGAUUCCCACAGCUGAAAAGUGUUUUUUUUAAUCCCUUGAAGUUGUCCCAUAGAAGACAGAUUUCUUUGCUGUCGAUCCCUUGGAGUAAGAAGGUAGUGGCAUGGGGUGGAGUGUGGGUUCUUUCUCCAAAUCCAUGAAAAUGUUCUUUCAACACUUCUGUAGCAAAGAUAGUGGUGGUUCUUUUGUUACUGAAGUUACCUUUCACCUUGGCUAUUGGAAAAAAGGAGAGAUGUAUUUGAACGUUUCUGUAAACCUUGAGAUCAACUGUUUGGAGAUUUAACCACCUCCUCUGAUGGGGGACCAACUCUAUGGAAAUUGUAAAUAAGUUUUAUUUAUAAACCUGGCACUGUAUUCAAUAAACAUUUCUGCAGCCUUUCAUCUCUUU